AUGUACGGAGGAGAUGAGGUCUCCGCGAUCGUCGUCGACCUCGGGUCGUCCACGGUGAAGGCCGGGUACGCGGGCGAGGACACCCCGAAGGCGGUGUUCCCCUCCGCGGUCGGCUGGCUCGAGCGCGGCGGCGACGUCGAGAUGAAAGAAGCGAAAGGAUCGAAGCGCGGAAGCAAAUCCAAGGGCGCCGCCGGCGACGCCGCCGCCGCGGCCGCCGACGACGGCGCCACGAAAGAAUACUACGUCGGCGACAUGAGCUACCGGCGGGACGGCAUGGAGAUGUGCUCGCCGUUCGACGAGAACGGCCUCCUCGAGGACUGGGACGUCGUCGAAGCCAUCUGGGAGCACACGCUGAAGAAGCGUCUCGUCGUCGAGCCCAACGAGCACCCGAUCUUGAUGGGCGAGCCCGCGCACACGACGCGAGAGAAGCGCGAGAAGAUGGUCGAGCUCCUCUUCGAGAAGCACAACCCGCCCGCGAUCUUCCUCGCGAAGAACCCGUGCCUCGCGGCGUUCGCGACCGGACGCGCGACCGCGCUCGUCGUCGACUGCGGCGGCGGCGGGACGACGGUGAGCGCCGUGCACGACGGGUACGCGUUGACGAGCGCCGCCACGCGAUCGCCGCUGGGCGGCGAUGCCAUCACGGACAUCGUGCUCGAGUACCUCGAGAAGAGCAAGAAGACGCCGGUGCGGCCGAGGUACGAGUUUAAGCGCGCGCCCAAGGGGGACGGCGAGUCGUUCACGAUAUCGGACGUGAAGUGUCCGAAGACGAGCGCUGGGUAUCGGCUGUUUAAGCAACGCGAGAUCGCCGCGGAUCUGAAGGAGACGGUGUUCCGGCUGUCCGACCAGACGUUCUCGGAGGAGGACAACCAGAACAUUCCCGCGGUGUCGUACGAGCUGCCGGACGGGAACGUCAUCGAUAUCGGCGUCGAGCGGUUCAAGAUCCCGGAGCUCCUCUUCCAGCCGCACCUGAUCUCGUCGCUCGGGUUGGGGAAGGACGCGCCAGAUCUGACCGACCCGGACGGCUCCCCCGCGAAGGGCCUUCCCGCGCUCAUCCUCGAGACGAUCAACAAGUGCGACGUGGACGUUCGCAAGGACCUGUUCGGGGGCAUGAUCCUCGCCGGCGGCGGGUCUCUGUUCGGGUCUCUGCGGGAGCGGUUGGAGGCGGAGCUUCACGACGCCGCGCCGACGAACGUGCGGGUGAAGGUGACGGCGAGCGCUAACAACGCGGAGCGGAAGUUCACGACGUGGAUCGGCGGGAGCAUCCUCGCGUCGCUCGGGUCGUUUCAGCAGAUGUGGAUGAGCAAGCAGGAGUACGAGGAGCACGGCGCGACGUUGAUCCAUCGCAAGUGUCCGUAGUUAGAGAGAGCGAGAGAGAGGACGCCGUCGUCGAAUGAACAUACUUCACAUUUUGCU